CCCAAAUGCCUGCUGCAUUAUAUUUCAUCCAACAGCAUCUGAAGUGAUUCCUUAGAUCAAAGCCCAGGAAUUUCAGUCGAACAUUUCAAAAUGGGUGGGUCAAAGAUGCUCCCAGAUAUAACUUCUGGGGCUAGAGUGUCUCGGAAAUUAUUAUGGAAACCCGUGAUUGAGAAACCAGAUACUAAAGAGGCCCUGAGAGCCAUUGAGCUCAGAAUGCCGAGGGACUCCUUUCACCAGAAUCCUCGUAUAACUUACCCACAAAGUCCCUCAGAGUGGAGAACAUAUACACCUCAGCCGCACUUCAUCCAGCCUAGAAUCGUUGAGCAGCCUGACCCAGCUAGAUUGGAGAAGCAAUGUAUCUAUCGAAAGAAGCUGGAAAAGGCAAAGUCCAAGGCCGCAAAGAAGAAGUCUGACUUCUCCCUCUUGAAGUUUGUUAAAUUAGCAAAGAUUAAAUCGAAAGAGAUCUAUAUGUGGGAGGAAAACCUGAAACCAGAAAGGCUCAAGGUUCUCAUGAAGUACUUAACUUCCCCUGUGGAACUUGAUCAACUAUAUGCAGCUCAGGCCCUUGGGCAGCUCGGGAUUGCUGAAGAAUCUGUACUAUCUGCGCUUCGUAGUACUGUUCAGGAAUGCAACAGUCUGCCUUUGCAGUAUGAAGCCGCUCGGUCCUUAGCUUUGCUGGGUUGUCUAGAAACCUCUGUGGUGAAAGUGCUGCUUAGACACCUGAAGGCGAUGAGCAUGGAUCAGAGAAAAGAUGCCCUGGCUGCUCUGAAGGUAUCUCUGCAAGCAUGGUCAGUAAUGCCACCUUUUGAGAGAUCCUGCAUUGCUGGCCAGAGUUGUUUAAUCCGAAAUCUUGAGCGGCUGGUGAAUUUGCAGGAUCCCCUGGAGGAAAUGAGCUUUGACGCAGCCCUUUGUCUGGGGUACCUGGACAAGACUAGCCCAGUUGCCCAAAAUAUGAUGCUGAUAUGCUUGACCCAGAGGGACUGGAAGAAGAAAAAUCAGGCUUUAGUCAUGCUCAUAAAGCACAUGGUGAUAAAGGAUGCUGUAAUUAUCCAGAGUGUUCUACAUCAGCUUCAACAUUCCCCUGUAUACAAACAUCGUGUUGACUCUGCAAAGCUCUUGACCACCAUAGGACUUGAAACAAUCCAACAGGAAGGCAUGGAGGAGAAUGUGUUUACUGUGCUUCUCGGGAAGUUAUCUGCGGAGCCUUUUCUGGUAGUAAGGCAGUCUGUUGCCUUGGCUGUUGAAGAGCUGAAGAUGAAGAAGCAAAUCUGGGACAUAGUAGAGAGACAACUGAGGGAUGAAGCAGCGGUGGUCCGAAAACAAGCUGUAAUUGCAUUGGGUGUGCUUGGCCUUCGCCACAAGAACGUGUUCUUCGCCAUGCUGGAAAUGUUGGAGCUGGAUACCAGCGAGGAUGUUCGUGUACAGGUUAUCCGGACAUUUGCCACUCUGGGAAUGAACAACGUGUAUGUGAGGAAGAGCCUCAUGAACAAAGAACAGACAGAAGGGAUUCUAGCCAGAGAAUGCACUAAAGCCCUGAAGAUCCUUGAUAAACUCUCUGAGGCCCAGAAAGAGUCGAUGCUUCAAACCUACAUGGUCAACUGAGACCUCAUUUUGUUUGGAUGAUAAAAGUGGCAAGAAGGCAAGAUUAAAACAUGGCCUCUAGUAUUCAAGUGUGCAGCACCAAGACGAGGAGGCAAGUUCUCUGUUUACAGCAGAGGUGGGCGGUGUAUGGCUUUAAGGUUCCAAGUCGCCCUUGGCUGGAUCUCACAUGGCCCCCAGCACAAUUUCCAAAGCGCUCUGCAAGUGGUCUGUUCAGAUCUCUGCAAGAGGAGCCUCUUCCCCAGCAGUUCACUAUCAGGGGAAAGGAAGAGAACAG